AUGGAGGCCACCCCCUCCCACAUAGCAAAGAACGCUGCAGCUAUUGCAACCGACAACCGGCCGGUGGGGAAACUGCCGGUGACCGAAAAUGCCGAAAAGAAGCCGGCCUCGUUUGCGGGUCUUUUCAGUGCAAACCGCAAGCUCACUAAUGAACACAAGCUCACAAAAUUUGCGGUGGAUGACGGCCCACUCACGUUGGGGUCCGACGACUUGCUCGAUGUUCAGGCCAAAUUGGGAUUUUGCCUCGUCGGCUAUGUAGCCGGCAAAUCUUGGGGAGCAAGCUUCCAGCAGCACGAAAGUGGGUGGUUAGUCUUUCGUUUCGCCCGGGAUGAAGAUAGGCAGCGUGUUCUAGCCGGAGGUCCCUAUUUCGUGUAUGGACGGCCCCUACUCUUGAAGCACAUGCCCGACUGCUUUGAAUUCAAGGAAGAUGAUAUCAGCCUCAUGCCGGUCUGGGCCACACUUCCAUCGCUGCCCCUUGAGUGUUGGCAUCCAAAUGCUCUAGGGAAGAUUGGCUCCAGGAUUGGCACUCCCAUUGCCAUGGAUUCACUCACGAUGAAUAUGGAACGAGUCUCAUACGCCAGAAUCCUGGUCGAAGUGGAUGCAUCAAAGAAGCUAACCGACCAAGUGGAGUUUGUUAUGCCAAAUGGCAUAACUCGGAAACAGCCGGUGGUCUACGAAUUCACACCCAAGUUUUGUACUGAUUGCAACAGAUUUGGGCAUUUGCUCGAGACCUGCCAAGGCCUAUCAGCCAUUGCCCCCACAGCCGUCCCGGCCGCUGCCACACCCGUUGCUACACCCAUUAAGCCGGCAGAGGCAGCAAAGUCCAAGCCGGGUGAUUGGAUGGUCGUGAAUAGGAGGAAUAAGGGCAAAGCCACAGCUAGUGCGGCCAAGCCGACAGUGGAGACACAGCGGCCGACUUCCCCACCGGCCGGCAAGGUGGAACAGGGAAGGCUGAAAAUGAAGGCACCACAACCAGUUAUGCUUAAGGAUAAACAGGUUCCUUCAACAGCCUAUCCAGAUAGCUCAUCCAGUGACUCCCCGACGGCCACUCAUCAUGUAAUGCCGGGGAUUAUAACCGAUAGGAUUGCAGGGACGUAUAGCCAUCCGAAAAAGCAGACAAAGCUUGCAGCUUCAUCUAUCCAGACGAUUCUCAGUCGCUCACUUCCGGGGUGGUGCCAAGCCAACAACUUUGACACCAUUGCCGGCGGACGUAUCCUUGUGGUUUGGGAUCCGGCAAUCAUUGACAUUCAUCCGGUGGAUAUUUCGCCCCAAGUGAUUCACUGCCGUGCCCGAAUAAGUCCCUCUCAACUCUCCUUCUAUAUUUCAUUUACAUACGGCCUUUAUUCUGUUGUUAAUAGAAGGAACAUGUGGGAGAAACUUUCUGAUUUUGGCCAAUCACGGAACAUGCCAUGGCUUAUUAUGGGGGAUUUCAACUGUGUUAAAUCUCCCAAUGAGAAGCAGCUUGGAGUGGCUCCAUCUUGGUAUGAGCUUAAGGAUUUUGUGGACUGCUGCACAGCGCUUGGAUUACACGAUGUUCCCACUACCGGCUGCUACUACACUUGGUAUUCCAACAAUGAAAGCAACCCCGUAUGGUGCAAGCUCGACCGAGUCCUUUGCAACAAUGCAUGGCUUGAAGGCGGUUUACAUUGCAGUGCCCAUUUCAAUCCCCCGGGAUGCCUCUCCGACCACUCUCCGGGUAUUGUUUCUAUCCUUGAUCCUGCACCUACUAAGCCAAAAUCGUUUCGCUUUUUCAAUAUGUGGGCAGAUCAUCCGGAUUUCCUAGCUACUGUCGAAGCCAAAUGGAAUUUGAGCGUGGAUGGAACGGCGCAAUUUUGCCUUUGCAAGAGAUUGAAAGCACUUAAAGGCGAGCUUAAGGCAUUCAACUCGCAGCAUUACAGCCACAUUUCCGCCAGGGCCAAAGAGGCUGAUCAUACCCUGCUAGUUGCCCAGAAUCAACUUGAAUCCAACCCGGGAGAUGUGGCGCUUCGGAACUCUUUGGGGGAUCUUAGGAAGAGGGCCGUCUUCCUUGCCGAGGCGGAACGGCAGUUCUACUACCAGAAG